AUGAGUGAAGCAAAGAAUUUUGGAGAUAAUUUAGGUGGAAAGAAACAGUUGAAUAAAAAUCAAUUAUUUAGAAAACAAAAAAUUAGAACUGCAAGAACCAUUAGAACAGAAGCUAUACACGCGUCUAAUAAGCUGAAAAAUGAUCGGGACAAAUCUUUGAGUGAAGAUGGUGGAAUGAUCCAAAUAGAUAGGUUUAUUAAUUCACGUCAAUUUGAAUUGACCCAACUACAAUAUUCUAUGCUAAAAUCUAAGAAUGCAAACUCCACCAGAGUAUUCCAAGCUUUACCUAGAAAGCUUCGUCGUAGAACUGCCUCUCAUAAUGUUAGAAGGAUACCUAAAAGAAUGAGAAAUCGAGCAUUAAGAGAAAUGUUAAAAAACGACCAACAAAUAACUAUUAAAAAUAAAAAUAUUAAUGAGACCAAAAAGAAAACUCAUGGAUUAUCAUCAUCUCAAUUAUAUCGUGCAAGAAUGUCUGUCAAGUUAUUACGUCUGGCAAGUAAAUGUAUGUCUAUGAAGCUAGCCCUACCAGAUAAUGUUACUUCAUCGAAAUACAAUAUAAGACAAAGAAUUAAAUAUUUGAAGAAAUUGAUCAAGGAAGCUAAGAACUCUAAAGUUCCAAUUUCAUCUGAGAUGAACAAUGGUAGAUUAAAUAACAAAUGUGGUAGUUAUGAUAACACUGGUAUAAACGCUUUGGCUCCAAUUCCUCGUGGUCGUAUAAAAUUUUGUAAAAGACAACGUCAAUUUACAUGGUUACCAACCCAUGUUUGGAACGCCAAAAGAUCUCAUAUGAUCAAAAGAUGGGGAUUUAAUAUUCCUUGGUCCCCUUCCCAAAAAUGUUUCAAACUUACUCAUAGAUUGGGUGGUAAUGUUGCUGCUUCUGAUGGUGCAUUAUGUAUGGACACAUCUUUUAUUGGGACUAUGGUUAUUACUAAUAUAAGUGAAGAUAAGAUGUUUUUAAAGAAUUUGAUUGGAAAUUUGACUAGAAAUAGAGGUAAUUUAAAGAAAUAUUAUCAAAAUAAGUAUUUGUAUGAAGGUUUAAUUUAUAACAAUCAUUCAGAAGUAAAAGAAUCAGCAAUUUUGGGUCCAUGUAAUCUUUUAUGGGUAAAUGAGGAAGAAAUAAUUUUAAGACUACAUCCGGCAAUUUAUCCAAUUAUGUUCAAUAGCCUAACAAGAAUGCAUAGUAAAAAUAUAUUGGUUCAAGAUUGUCGGUAUUCAUUAGCUAGUAUUACUAUUAGAGGUGCCAAAUCUUUAACUGCAAUAUCUAGUAUUCUUAGAAGUUGCAAACAUUCAAAAAAUUUUGAAAUAUUUAAAAAAAUAUGUAAUAUAUCAGACACAAAUGUUCUACCAUCAAGAGUGAUGUUUGCUAUGGAAGUUAUUGAUCCUAGACAUCUAUCUGCACCCAAAAAAAUUGGAACUAACAACAGUAGAAAAUCUCAGAACAGUAUGGACAUUGAUGAUAUAAUUGCAAUGGAGGAUGAUUCAAUCUUAAAAGAUGAAUUCAGCAAGGUAUUAUCUAAAUUGACAACAUCAAAAGGUAGAGAAGAAUCUUAUAACAAUCAACAAACUCUAAAACAGUUAUCUAAAAGACGUAAGGAAUUGCUUAAAUCCAAAGGUACAAAUAAAAAUAAUUUAGGAACAGUAAUCCCAUUUAAAGAUGGGCAGGACCCCUCCAUUCCAUUACUAUUGAUUAGAAGGCCCACAGAGAAUGAUUGGCUAGUAAUUGUUCCAUGGUUUUGGCAUUUACCGAUAUGGUAUCAAUUAAAUCGUGUUCCUCGUGUUUAUAAUAUGGGGUUAAGACAAACUCAACAACUAAGCUAUGAAAAUAAACAGUUAUAUUUCCCUGAUGAUUAUCCAUUUACUACUAUUGGGGCAUUAGAGAAUUCUACUUAUAAGAGUACGUCUUUAAGAGCUAAAUGGGAAAAGAAGACUAUAGGAAAGAAAGUAAAUUAUGAAAAGCUGCCAAUGGUUCAUUUAUCUGAUUUACCAGCCAUGUCUGGUGAAAUAGGAGAUUACUUUAGCUGCGACUGGAAAUUUUUACAAAUUAUACAAAAUGGUGUUGAGUAUUUAAAACAAAAAUAUGAUAGUGAGAUACCUUUAGUUGAUGAGAAGCGCACCACACAAUUUGGUGAUAAAACAUAUUCAAGGACAAUAAAUAAUUUCAAUGAUGUUUUAGAAUUAUAUAAAGAUGUUACAGAUAAUUCAACUGGCACAUCAAUUGAAUCUUUACUACCUACUAUCCCAAUAAAAUUGACAAAUUAUAGAAACAUUCAUAAAUUAAAUAUUCAAAAAUUUAAUACAAGUGUCGAUAUUACUAAGAAACCACUAUCUGUAACGGCAGUUUCAUGUAUUAUGGUAAGAAAAGGACAUCCAAAAGAUAAUGCUAGAAUAUACGCCAUCCCAGAAAAAGAUAGUUCUUUUUGGAAGAGUGUUGCUGAUGGUGUUUAUAAGUCUAAUGGUAGACUUGAAAAUAAUAGAGCAGUCCCUCUACCUGAAAUAUUCCAUUUAAUUGGAUUUAUUACAUCCGGUACAUAUCAUCUUUCUGAGGGGCAUGGUAGAGGUAAUGGUUUUAUUACAUCAAGUCAUUUUAAAAAAAACGAUUCCUUCACUGGAUCGCAUGUCUUGAUUAGAAAUGUUGGAACGAACAUUUACCGUUUAGCCAAAAUCGAAACAAUUAACGUAUAG